GUGAAGAGCCACAAUUUAAGCAACAUGAUGUGCGUUCUGCUAAGCCUAUACCAAGAAAGUCUUUGUGGUAUCUUCCAAUUAUUCCUAGACUUCAGAGAUUGUAUAUGUCUAGGAAAACUGUCGAGCAUAUGACUUGGCAUGUAAAUUGUCAUAAUGAAAAUGAAAAAAUUUUUCAUCUUACAUGUGGAGAGGCAUGGAAGCAUUUUGAUAGCACUCACCCUAAGUUUGCUACUAAACCGAGGAAUGUUAGGUUAGGUCUGUGCACUGAUGGGUUCACUCCUUUUGGACAUUCUGCAUCUCCAUACUCUUGUUGGGCAGUAUUUGUGUUAGUUUAUAACUUGCCUCCAACAAUGUGCAUGAAGCAAGAAUAUGUAUUCCUUUCAUUGAUUAUCCAAGUGGCUUACCUGGGUAUGGAAUGUUGUCUGGGUGGAGCACACAUGUUUUUGCCACCAGAGCAUCCAUUUAGAAGAAGCAAGAAUGACUUCAUAAAGGGUCGUAUAGAGAAUGGAACAAUGCCAGAGAGGUUGUCUGGUGAUGAGAUGCGUAGUCGCAUCCAUUGGCUGCUUGAUGUACUAUUUGGUAAGCCACUUGAGAAACAGGAAAUCCACAGAUUUGGUGAAGUGCACAAUUGGGUCAAUGACAUGGCAAUAUGGCAGGAAAGGAUAGUAGAAAUCAUUUGUAAGCUAGAGCAAAUCUUUCCACCUUCAUUCUUUGACAGUAUGGAGCAUCUUGUAAUCCACCUUCCAUACGAGGCUCAUGUAGGAGGAUCGGUGCAAUUUUGAUGGAUAUAUCCAUUUGAGAGGUAAUUAGUGAUGAAUUCAUUAAUGUCCAUGAGCAUAUCAAAGGUUUAUCCAGUGGUCCAAAAAAUUAUCUUUCUUGCUAUAAUGGAUAUAUUGUUAAUGGAUUUCGAUUUCACACUACCCUCUAUGGUAGAAAUAAGCGAACAAUGAAUUAUGGUGUCUGUGUUGUUGUAUCUAUUGGUAUUGAAUCAGAUUAUGAUUUUUAUGGUGUGCUUCAAGAAAUAAUUUAGAUUGAGUAUU